CAAUUUUUUUUUUUUUCAAUUUUCAGUUACUUUCUAGUUUCUGCCAAUACUCUAUCUUCAUCAACUCCCCAUCUCCACCUUCUGCAUAAAUCUUACGGUUAAGCGUUCGCUCAACGCCCAGAGAAGCCAUGGAGAGGCUUCUGUAUUCGUCUUCUCCGACCACCCCUUUCAAGGUCUACCAAAAGCCCCAACCUUUAUUAUGUCGACUCGGUCGAUUUGACUCUCCAAAACUGAAUUUACCUUCGCUAACCCGUCCUGAGCCGAGGCGAGUCAUCUCAAUUUCGUGCAAAAGCGUAAAUCCAUCUCAAAUUUGUUCUUCUCAAUCUAGCCCUGCCAAUUUUUUGCCGCCCCUUGAUUGUCACGGAGUCGAUUCGGCAGAUGGAUCGUUGCCCAGUAACAGUUUCCUCAAGCUCAUUGCCACUGGAGGUUCUGGGACAAGAAAGGCAAUUUCUGCUGGGACACUAAUGGUACUUUCUGCUGUCAUUGUGUUCUUAAUCCAACCUGUUUUUGCACCAGCAGCCUUUGCAACCUUUCAAGCUUCAGUUAAGACUGGGGGUCCUGCAGCUGCUGCAGUUGGGGGAAGACUGAUCCAUGCUGAAUUAUUAAGCAGUGCAUGGACUGGUUUCUUCGCUGGUUGCUUACACACUCUAUCAGGGCCUGAUCACCUUGCUGCUCUGGCUCCACUCUCAAUUGGUCGUACUCGAAUAGAAAGUGCUGUUGUCGGAGCUUUGUGGGGUUGUGGCCAUGAUGCAGGUCAGGUUAUCUUUGGAUUGCUGUUUCUACUUCUAAAGGAUCACCUCCACAUUGAAGUUUUCCGGACUUGGGGAACAAGAGUUGUGGGCUUAACCCUGCUUGUUAUUGGUGCCAUGGGUAUCAAAGAAGCUUCGGAAAUUCCUACCUCAUCUGUUGCCCUAGAAAAUGGCAAGUUUGAUGUUAGUGUCUAUGAGGCACUUGAAAACCCAGCAGUUGGGAAGAAGAAGAAGAAGAAGAUUGGUUUUGCCACUUUUGCCACAGGGAUUGUACAUGGUUUGCAGCCAGAUGCACUGAUGAUUAUUUUGCCUGCAUUGGCCUUGCCAUCUCGUGUGGCUGGUGCAGCAUUCCUUAUCAUGUUCUUGAUUAGAACCGUAGUUGCAAUGGGAAGCUAUACUGUAUUUAUAGGUUCGUGCAGCCAAGCAUUAAAAGAGCGGGUGCCGAGAAUAACUGAGAAGCUCACUUGGGCAUCUUCCCUUGUAGCAAUCGGACUUGGAAUUGCCAUUAUCAUCAGCCAGUUUUUGGGAUAUAGUCUUUAUUGAUCCUUCUGACUCGGGAUUAAGCGUCGCUUUUACAAGCUUCUUAUUGAGAAUUAGAAAAGGUCUUAGAAAUGAUAUUGAGAUUUGUUACAGGAAAAUUUCAUCUGUGCUGCAUCUUAUUCUUGUCCGGUGAGAAUCAGUCUUAAAUCCUUUUAAAAGUUGUAUCUUUAACCUCAUAAGUGAGCACUCACGAAUUCUUUGAUGGUAGAAAUUUCCUGUUGGUUCGGCUGUUUUUUUCUUUUAGAUGUUUUUUGCAUUUGCAUUGCUAUACUUAACGCCGCUUCAAGAGUGGCCAUUUGACUUAUAAAAUCGUUGUCCAUUA